AUGGAAGAACACGCCCCGGCCGGGCGCAAGGCCUCCACCCACCCGGAGAGCAUCCCCCUGGCUGCGCUGCCGGGCGAGCAGACAUGCCUCUUUGACGUGCGGCCCGCGAGUGGCCCCCUUUCGUCGCAAGCCCUGCUCGAGGAAGAUGCCCUUCCCCAGACCUUGCACUCGCCUCCGGCCACCGUGGACCUGGAUGACGAGAGCUUCCACCCGGCCGGCUAUCGCAGCGCCUCGGUGGGGCACUUGCCCGGGGCCGCGGGCCGCUGGGCCACCCUCGGGCUGUGGCUGCGCGCGCUGCUGGCCCGAAUGUCGGCCACCAUCAUCGGCUGCGCCUUCCGCGAGGCGGUGGCCGGGCUGCUGCUGGCGCUGCCGAUCAUGGUGGUGCCGCUGGCACAGCUCCAUGACCCGCACCCGGGCCACGGGCCGCCCGGGGGUCUGGCCCCGCGGGUGCGCUUGCCGCGCGACGGCCCCCCGGCCCCGGACCGGUGGACCUGCCUGGCCGACCGGUGGACCGGCCGGGCGUGCGUCGCGGCCCCGGUGUCGCGGUAUGCCACUCACGAGGUCCUGCUGGCUGCGUCGGCCGCCCACUUGGCCACUCUCUGCCAGGCGAGCUCCUUCGUGGGGAAGACCCUGCGCUUUGCCGUGCGCGCGUCCAUUUCCGUGGUCGUCGGGGCGACAUUCGGUCUGGCGACACAUGCCCUGAAUUUCGUGCCCCUUCGCGCGGCCAUCACCCUGAUCGGCCUGCUGACGGUGGCCCUCCUGCCCCCAUGGCGGCACCAGUGGACCAGCGUCGGGAGCGGGUCCGCCGCGCGGGCCGUCGGCCACUCGGUGCUGCUGGCCAUCGCCGCACGGCCGGCCUUCCAUGUGUGGUGCCCGACCAGGGACUUCCGCCAGGCGGCCCUGGCCGCCGCCAGCACCAGGGUGGCGGCGGCCGCCGCCGCCAGCGAGGGCCCCGACUUUUGGGCCGCCAUCGCCGGCGCCAUGGCCGCCACCGAGGGGGGCGAAUUUUGCGACGCCCUGACUGCCCGAUGGCCGGCCCCGAGUGAGCGCCUGCCGGCUGGCCGAUGGCCCCCGGCCCCGGUGUGGCUGCUUGGCGCCAGCGUCACCGGGGUGUACACCGCCUCGGCCCUGGCCAUCGCCCUGGUGGCCGUGGGCCUGGGGAGCCCACGCGCGGCCGGGCUCCUCCGGCGGUCGGUCUUUCGCGGCCACGGGGUGUUGCUCCUGUGGCUGGCUUUCGGCCGCCGGGCCCUCCUGUCGCCGGAGGCCGCGCGAAAGCUCCUGCGCACGGCACAAGACCACCUGGUCGACGCCCUGUGGGAGAGCCCGAUCACGCUGGCCGAGGGGUAUAGCACCUUCAGCCUGAACCCGGUGGGCUACUCGGUGGAGCGGCUGCGCCGGGGAGCCCGCGCGGCCGGGCGCCUCCUGGCAGCCAGCUCGCCGGACCCGGGGGCCGGCCCGGGCCCCGGCCGCACCGAUGCCCCGGCCGCCGGCGAGCCCCCCGCAGCAGGCCGCCCGGCGAGCACCCUCCAGCCGCAUCGGGCUUUGGCCAGUGCGCGCGCGCGCAUGCGGGGCACAUUCACCCCGGACCGGUAUUUGGCCCUGCUGUUUGGGCCGCACUUUGGCCUUCGGCCGCGGGAGUAUGGCCGCCUGAUUGGCGAGCUGGCUCGCCUGGCCGGCCUGGCAGCGGCCACCGUGUCGCUGGACGUGACGCCCGCACGGGCAACGAGCGGCUCCCCCAUCGGGCCGCAGGCGGCCUGCCAGAUGGAUGUGCUUGGCGCCAGGGAGGUCGCGGCAUUCCUCCUGCUGGAGGCAUAUCGCGAGCCCGGGGCAUGGAGGCCGGUCGACCGGGCCGUGCUCGACGCCCUGGUGGCUCGUCUGACCGCCAACAAGGCUGACGACGCCCUCUCCGCCGGACAGUCGCUCCUGCACCUGGCCCACCUGGAGGUCCUCGCCGGUUUGGUGGCCGUGCGCCGGGGCUUGGCCGAGACCCGGGAGCCGAAUGAACAUUGCACCGGGACCCUUGACAGGGAGCCGCUCCCUUGUCAGGCGGCCGCGGUGUGGCCGCCACUCGAGGCCCUGCAAGCCGCGCGGGCCCCGGCCGAGCAGGAGCUCCCCCGCAUGCAGACACAGCGGCGCUCGCUGGUGGGCGGGUUCCCUCGACGUUUGUGGCGGAACUUCCUGGCCGUGGCCGACCCGGCCGUGGCGCGAUCCAGCAUUGCUCUCACGCUGGUGGCCUCGGUGGCCAUGGUCGACCCAACCUGGUGGCCACAUCAGUGGCAGCGGGAUCUGGCAUCUGGAUGGUCGUCGGCCACCACCCUGACGACGAUGUUGCUGGUUGUCCGGCCGACGCUCGGCCAGAUGGCUCCGGUGCUCCUGUGGCGCGGGACCGGGGCCGGGGUGUGUGCCGCACUGGCCAGCUGCCUGAUCGUGCCCCUGGCCCGGGUGAUGGUCCUGCUGGUGGAGCGCCUGACGGUCGGCUCGCAGAUGGGCGUGGCCGCGGCGGGGCCGGCGGUAGCAGGGGCCGGCGGCACGGCCGCCGAGGCAUUGGCCGCCGUCGCCACCGGGGCCGUCCUCUCGCCAGCCGGCAUUUGGCUGCAGGUGGUCGGGCGCCUGGCCUGGCUGAGCACCGUGGCCAUGGGGCUCUUCAUUUUGCUGGUCGUGGCGCACACGCUGCGCCUGCUGGGCUUCCCGAUCUUCGGGCUGCAACUGGCGGCCGUGGCCCCGGGCGCGGUGGCCGAUGCCUCGCGCGCGGCCCUGCUGGCUUUGAACACGCCCAUCGGCCAGCGAGGGGCUGUCUUGCCGCCGGGCGGCAUGGGGGGCGGAUGGUUUGCGGCUGCCCUGCAGGCCAGCGGCCAGCGCCUGGUGGCCAUCUGGCUGGGGCUCCUGGCCGCCGGGCUGAUGGCCAGCUUGACCCUGGUCCGGCCGGCCCCGCUGGCCGGCCGGCGCUUCGCGCAACAGCUUCAGGUCAUCAGCGAUUUGCUGAGCGCCAGCCUGGCGGAAACCCUCGCGCCGCACAGUCGCCAAAGUGCCCGGCGCAUGAAUGCCACCAACACGCCCUUCCUCAUGGCGUCCACCGGCUCGGCGCUGCUGAUCCCCCUGGAAGACGAGCGCAAGGACCGGCAACCGGCCGAGUCGCCGCUCGAUGCGGCAAGUGAGCCUUCAUCACCGGGCGCAAGCUCGGGCCCCGAGGACCGGGCGCUGGCCGCCACCGCCGGGCCACCGGCGACCCACAUGGCAGCCGGCCUGGCCCACCAGGGGGACCCCCCGGCCGGGCAGUGCGCCGAAGCGAGCGACGCCGGGACGUGGCCGGCCCCGGUGGCCCGAUCGCGUGGCCAGGUGGUCCGUGUCCGUGCGGAAAUCCGCGGCCACCAAUCGAGCACCCCGGCACCGGGACCGGCGUCAGCGCCGCCCGACCGCGCGCAAUCGGCCCCAAGCAGCCCCACCACCCCGGGCAAGGCCACCGACCCCCUGCCGGCACACCGGGCCUCCACGCGCAUGCCCUCCUGCUGGAGGCGGCAGUGGUGGCAAUGGUCGACCCCGCCCGGCGGCCCGAGCACGGGGCAGGACAUGGCCGGCGAGCCAUCCGCCCCGGAGCAGCCGCCCGAGCAUCCGGCCGAUGACGAGCUCCUGCCGGCCGCCCGGCUGCACGCACUUGAGGAGGAUUCCGCCGGGUGCCCGGCGACCGAGGCGUGCGCUCUGGCGGUCGGGCGCCGACCGGACGGCCCGGCGAUCGGCUGGGCCCCAGGCUGGUGGCUCAGCCUCUCGGGGGACAUUUUGCGCGAGUGCCAGGCCCUGCAACCGGCGGCCGGGAUGGAACGCCGCCGAGCGGCGGCCCUCAUGGCUGCCAGCACCCCGACCUAUGGUGCCUGUGUCGAGGAGGAUCCCGGGCAGGUGCUCCUGUCCCGAGCUCGGCGGGUGAUGCACUUUUGCAUCCUCGUGGACUUGGGCUAUUGGCAUGUGGACCAGGCGCACCGGGCCCGGCGCCGGAGACAGUUCGCCGGGUCCGAUCGGGCCACCGCGCUGGCGACCCCCCGGCGCCAGGGGCAAGUCGGCCGGCUGCUGUGGCGCACGGCCUCCGGCCCGGAUGCGCCCGCCAUGCAGGCAGAGGGCCACCCGCCGGGCCCGGCACCGGCACCGGCACCGGCACCGGGACAGGAACGCGACCGGCAUCGCAAGCAGGACCAGCCCGGAGUCGACCUGCUUGGGCGCCCGAGCGCCUGCAGUUGCGCCCUUUGCCAUGCUGAUCGGCCGACGCGCGAGGCACUGCAGUUUGCCCUGGUCGCCGCGCGUGGGGCCAUCGUCGAGUUGAAUGCUGCCCUCCAGAAGGCCGGCGCAUAGGACAACCGGAGAGGCGAGAGGGAUGUGGGUGGGUGCGCCCCCCUGGAGAGGGGAGAGUGGUUGUGAAAUGCCGGAUCGUG